GUCAUGGAAAAUAAUAAUAACAUCACAGAAUUUAUUCUCUUAGGACUUUCUCAGAAAAAGGAAAUUGAAGUCCUCUUUUUUUUACUGUUCUUGCUUUGUUACAUUGCAAUUUUGAUCGGAAACCUACUUGUCAUGAUUUCUAUCACCUGCAGUCAACUUAUUAACCAGCCUCUGUAUUUCUUCCUGAGUUACCUCUCUCUCUCAGACCUUUGCUAUACCUCCACUGUGACCCCCAAGUUGAUCACUGACUUGCUGGCAGUAAAGAAGACCAUUUCCUACAAUGGCUGCAUGACACAGCUCUUUACCAUGCACUUCUUUGGGGGGAUCGAGGUCUUCAUCCUCACAGGGAUGGCCUAUGACCGCUAUGUGGCCAUCUGCAAGCCCCUGCAUUACACUGUCACCAUGACCAGACAGAAGUGUGAUGCCAUGAUCGCUGCUUCCUGUGCUGGGGGAUUCCUGCAUUCCUUUGGUCAGUUUCUCCUGGCCAUCUCUUUACCCUACUGUGGCCCCAAAGAAAUAGAUCAUUACUUCUGUGAUGUGUAUCCUUUGCUGAAACUGGCCUGCACUGACACCAGCAGAAUCGGUCUCCUGGUCAUUGCCAAUUCGGGCCUGAUGAGCCUGGUGAUUUUUGUGGUCUUGUUGAUAUCUUACGCUCUGAUCUUAUAUACUGUCAGGUCCUACUCUGUAAAGAAUCUCCGCAAAGCUCUCUCCACCUGCAGUUCCCACAUCACUGUGGUGGCCCUCUUUUUUGCUCCUUUAUUCUUUAUUUAUAUUCGACCAGCAACUACUUUACCAGAAGACAAAGUGUUCGCUCUUUUUUAUACUAGCAUUGCUCCCAUGCUCAACCCUCAAAUCUACACACUGAGAAACAUGGAGAUGAAGAAAGCCAUAAAGAAACUAUGGUGCCAUGUUACAGGAAGAAAGGAAACGAACUGA